AUGUCUGAAGCAGCUUCUACCACGGCCUUCAAGCCGCUUGCAGGAACAACCCUCUUCUCGCCCCUUCAGAUCGGUGCUGUGAAGUUGGAGCACAGAAUCGUGCAGGCGCCAUGCACGCGUAUGAGAGGGGAGCUAGAGUCGGAGGGCAUUUGGGCUCCCGGUGACAUUAUGGUUGAAUACUACGCCCAACGCGCCAGCAAAGGAGGACUUCUGCUGACCGAGGCUACCAAUAUCAGCCGAUUGUGUUCCGGAUACCCAGGUGUCGCCGGCGUCUUCACGCCAGGCCAGAUUGCUGCAUGGAAGCGUGUAACAGAUGCGGUUCAUGCCAAGGGCGGCUUUAUCUUUUGCCAGAUUUGGCAUGUUGGACGCGCCACUGUCCCCUCGCUGAUUGAGGGAAACACAACGAUGAGCUCUUCUGAUAUUCCCAUCACGGGCAAGGCUCUCACUGGCGCGGAGUACUCUGACACUCCCCCUAAGCCAAUGACUGUCGACCAGAUCAAGGGCGUUGUCAGCGAUUUUGCGGAUGCUGCAAAGAAGUGUGUCGAGGCAGGAUUUGACGGCGUAGAGAUUCACGGAGCCAACGGCUACCUCCUUGACCAGUUCCUCCAUGACAAUGUCAACACCCGGACUGAUGAAUAUGGCGGUUCGAUUGAGAAGCGUUGUCGCUUUCCUUUGGAAGUUAUCAAGGCCGUCACUGCAGCCAUUGGUCCUGAGAAGGUCGGGAUCCGUUUGUCGCCAUACAACUACUAUCAAGAUACCCGCGACUCGAACCCCAACGUGCACUGGGCAUAUCUCUGCCAACAGAUCGCUGAACUUCCCACCGAGAACCGAGUAGCAUAUGUCCACAUGAUCGAGCCGCGCUUCGACGAGAUUCUCUCUGAGCAGGAGAAGAUAGCGAACUUGGCCAAGACAACCGGAGACGCGACGAGCAAGGAGGUCUCAGCUGUCAACUCACUUGUGCCUUUCCGUCACAUUCUCGCGAAAGGAGGAGUGAAGUUCCUUGCGGCAGGAAACUACAACAGAGAUAACGCAGAAGGCGCGCUUGUGGCGGACAAUGCUGAUGCGAUCGUCAUGGGGAGAUUGUUCAUUUCGAACCCUGAUCUGCCAAAGAGGUUGGCGGAGGGCCUUCCCCUCAACGCUUAUGAUCGAUCAACCUUCUAUGGAGCCGACCCCCCUACAAAGGGAUACACGGACUACAGCUUUUAUGAGCCCACAGCGGUGGCGACUUGA